CUAAAUCCGACACUAGGAUGUGUUUGCACUUCCGUCAAUGCAAUAUCGUCGGCGCUGCGGACUGUUGCGCCGAUUACGUCAGACCUGAAUGACAUAGUAGCAGUCGAAAUUUUGAUGUUACUUAUUCUUUUCAUAAUGAAGAAACGGCCUCCGUAUUCACUGAAUUUAAUAGGCACUUUCAGAGAAUUGUGCAUCAAUGCUAGUCUUAUAAGUACUACACUAUCUAAUCAAUAGAAUCGAUCGAACUUAUAUAAAUUUCAUUUCACUGAUCCAGAUCACAUCCUAGUGACCCUGAAGAAAAUUGCGAACUUUCUUCUGGGGCACUCAGUAAAGUCUUUCAUAGAGGUCUUGGCAUGGAUAAUCAAACAAAGCAUGAAGUCACUGUAAAAGUAUAUGUGUUAAAAAAGAUUCUUAUUAUGAAUCAAAGAUUGUGAAUAAAGCUAAGAGGAAAUGGGAAAUAAAUCUUCAUCGUCUGGACAACCUUAUGAAGUGGAAAAUGAAGAGCUUGCUGAAAGAAGUGGCCAUGAAGAAAAUGUACAUCCACCUGAUGGGGGUAACAUAAUAUCUUCUGUGCAACACUCAAAUAUUGCAUCUGAAAAUCAGGGAGAGCUUGAAUCUCGGGGAACAGUAUGUAGUGUAGAAAUGGCUAGUAAUUCUGAUUCAAAAACAUUUACUGUGCCUGAAGGGAGUGAAUUAUCUGGUGAAAGUGAACCCGUGCCAAACCAACAAGAUAUAGAUGAAGCUAGUGAUAAUGACAUUAAAAGAGCUUUACUUAAACGCAAGUAUGUUCUUCAAGAAAUGGUAGAUACUGAAAAAGAUUAUGUAAGAGAUCUCAGAGAUUUAGUGGAGGGAUACAUGAAGCUGAUGCGUGAUGAAACUAUUCCAGUUCCUGAAAAUCUCAAAAAUGGGAAAGAUAAAAUUAUAUUUGGAAACAUAGAAGCAAUUUAUGAGUGGCAUAGAGAUUUAUUUUGCACUGAAAUUGAUAAAUGCCUCGAAGAGCCUGAGAGACUAGGUCCUUUGUUUCAACGCUGUGAAAGAAAGUUGCAAAUGUAUGUUGUAUACUGCCAGAACAAACCAAAGUCUGAAUACAUAGUGUCUGAAUAUGUUGACACAUUUUUUGAGGAGGCUCGGCAGUUUUUGCAACACAGGCUUCAAAUACAAGACUUAUUAAUUAAACCAGUGCAGAGGAUAAUGAAAUAUCAACUUCUCUUAAGAGAAUUUGUGAAAGCUACCGAAAGAGCUAAGCUUGAAAAUGAAGCUGUCAGUUUGAGGAAGGCUGUGCAGAUAAUGCAUGUUGUUCCAAAAUCAGCAAAUGACAUGAUGAAUGUUGGUCGUCUACAAAACUUUCCUGGUAAAAUUACUGGACAAGGUCGUCUCUUACAUCAAGGUUUGCUGCAAGUUUCAGAUCCAGCUACAGGAAAAAUGAAAGAACGUCAAGUGUUUUUGUUUGAGCAAGUCAUUAUAUUUAGUGAAGUUGUUGGUGCAAGGAAUCAAUUUUCAUCACCAUCAUAUUAUUACAAAAACCAUAUUGCAGUAAACAAAAUGGCUCUUGAGGAACGCACAGAGGACAAUGAUCCUACUAAAUUUAUGCUCAAAUCUAAAGAUCCUUCUCAGCCUGGGUUAUCUUUCGUUAUUCAAGCAAAAUCAGUGGAUGAUAGAAAUGAUUUAGUUGCACUAAUACGAAGCAUUCUUGAUACUCAGAUGGACUUUCUUAGAGCAUUACAAUCUCCAAUUGCUUAUCAAAAGGAGUUAACUAAAGAUAUUUCUGCCCCAGAAUUGGGAACAUUGUGGAAUCCUUCAUUAAGAAAAACUUUAUCUCAUCCUGCUGCUGCUCACAAAUCUGGAAAAUCACCUACUUCUGUAUCUGGAGGAUCUUCUACUUCUAAAUCAUUAAGAUGUGUUACUCGAGAAAAGAAAUAUACUGAUAAUCCAGAAACAAAAAAUACUUCUGCUGGUCAACCAACCAAGGAAGAAAAAGACUUAACACAAGAAACUAUGGAAUCCCAGAGCUUAGCUGUUCCAAAUACAACUGGCUGUUGUAAAAAAAGUGAUGUUACUGAUCUGAAUGAAAAAAUUAAUAUUGGUUUAGAAGCAUCAUCUAGCCGACAGCGCAAAAAUUCAUUACCAUUAGACAAACAUUUAAACUUAGCACAGCAAAGCCCUCCAUUUGGGAAAAAAAACUUUCUUGAAGGCUUCAAAAAUGCUUUAAGACUCAAAUCUAAAACUGAUUCAGGAUUAAGUAGUGUUAAUGGUAAUGGUCCAGCUACUCUUUGCUCCAGCCACAGUUUAGAUUCAUCUUCAGUUACAGCACAGAAAAAUAUUAAAGGAGAACAACUCUCGCUGAACAAAGAUAUUGAUAUGCCAAGAAGAUGGUCUGAAAUAAACUCUUCACGGUCAAAUAGGCCAAGCUCAGUAUCUGAUCUCCCCGAUGAUGUUUCGCUCUAAAUGUUAGUGUUAUGAAUUCCAGGUUAAAGAUUUUAACAUCAAUUCAUUUUCCUGUAUUGAUGCAUAGGAGCAAUUGUUUUAUACCCUUUACAUCAAUGCAACAGUUUCUUCUGUAGUUACUUUCUCUUGAGCUUUUAAAGUUUAUUUUGGAAAGUGAUUAUGAACCUUUUAGAAACUGGAAUCGGAUGUUUGUUGUGAUUUAUCCUUUAAAAUGUGGAAUACCUGUAUAUGAGAUCAAAUUAUUGCUUGUUAUAUUGCUACCCUUUUCAUCUGUUUAAUAAAGAUGUAAUAUAAUAUUGUCAA